AUGGCCUUCGCGCCCAUGGGACCCGAAGCCUCGUUUUUUGAGGUUUUGGACCGACACAGGGCUUCCCUGCUGGCUGCCCUGAGGAGAGGUGGCGAGGAGUCCCUGGGCGGGGUCGCCCACCUGGCCUCUAGUUCUGAGGUUCUUGCAUCUGUAGAAAAUAUUAUCCAAGACAUAAUCACAAGCCUGGCAAGAAAUGAAGCACCUGCAUUUGUAAUAGACAACAGAUCAAGCUGGGAAAAUAUAAAGUUCGAAGAUUCUGUGGGUCUUCAGAUGGUAUCUCAUUGUACCACAAGAAAAAUCAAAAGUGAUUCACCAAAGUCCAUUCAAAAAUUUGCUCUCAUUCUUAAAAUAUUGUCCAUGAUUUAUAAAUUAGUACAGAGCAACACUUAUGCAACCAAAAGAGACAUAUAUUACACUGACAGCCAACUCUUUGGUAACCAGACUGUUGUGGACAAUAUUAUCAAUGACAUUUCUUGUAUGUUAAAAGUACCAAGGAGGAGUCUACAUAUAUUAUCAACAUCAAAAGGUUUAAUUGCUGGCAAUUUAAGAUAUAUGGAGGAAGACGGCACCAAAGUAAAUUGUACCUGUGGUGUGACAGCUGUUGCUGUGCCAUCUAAUAUUCAAGGAAUUCGGAAUUUAAUGACAGAUGCAAAAUUUCUAUUAAUUGUAGAAAAAGAUGCAACAUUUCAGCGGCUCCUAGAUGACAACUUUUGCACCAAAAUGUCUCCAUGCAUCAUGGUUACGGGAAAGGGAGUUCCUGAUCUGAACACAAGACUUUUAGUCAAGAAGCUGUGGGAUACAUUUCACAUUCCUGUUUUCACUCUUGUGGAUGCUGAUCCACAUGGCAUAGAAAUAAUGUGCAUAUAUAAGUAUGGAUCUAUGUCUAUGUCUUUUGAAGCCCAUAAUCUCACGGUUCCAGCUAUUAGAUGGCUUGGUCUCCUCCCUUCUGAUAUUAAAAGGUUAAAUAUACCUAAAGAUAGUUUGAUUCCACUGACAAGACGGGACCAAAUGAAACUUGACAGUAUCUUAAAGAGACCUUACAUUACCUGCCAACCGUUUUGGAGAAAAGAAAUGGAAAUAAUGACAGACUCUAAAAUGAAGGCAGAAAUUCAAGCUUUGACCUUUCUAUCAUCAGAUUAUCUUUCCAGAGUGUAUUUACCUAACAAAUUAAAAUUUGGAGGAUGGAUAUAA